CCUUGUGAAGUGUGUGGUAAAUCUUUUAGUCACGAAGAUCAUUUGAAAAAACACAAAACAACUCAUGCAGAUAAGCCUCAUUCUUGUGAGUUGUGUGGAAAAUCUUUUCGACGAAUUGACAAUUUAACUCGUCACCUUAAAACGCACACUGAUGAAAAGCCUUAUUCUUGUGAAUUGUGUGACAAAACUUUUAGAACAAAGGGUAUUUUGGUUCGUCACCAUACAUCUCACACAGAUGAAAAGCCUUAUUCGUGUAAUAUGUGCGAUAAAUCUUUUCGUCUCAGUCAACAUUUGACUUGUCACCUUAGAACUCACACAAAUGAAAAACCUUAUUCUUGUCAUUUGUGUGAAAAAUCUUUUCGACAAAGUUACACUUUGACAUGUCACCUUAGAACUCAUGCAGGUGAUAAGCGUUAUUCUUGUAAGUUGUGUGAUAAAUCUUUUGGACUAAAUCAACGUUUGAAUAAUCACCUUAAAACGCACAGUGAUGAAAGACCUUAUUCAUGUAAGCUGUGUGACAAAUCUUUUCGACUCCGUCACAUUUUGACUAAUCACCUUAGAACCCACACAAAUGAAAAACCUUAUUCUUGUGAACUGUGUCAAAAAUCUUUUAGAACAAAGGCUAUUUUGGAUCGUCACCUUAGAUCUCACACAGAUGAAAAGCCUUAUCCUUGCAAGUUUUGUGACAAAGUUUUUCGACAUAAUCACAAUUUGAAAUGUCACCUCAGAACUCAUACAGGUGAAAAACCUUAUUCUUGUCAUUUGUGUGAAAAGUCUUUUAAACAAAGUAAUGAUUUGUCUCGUCACCUUAAAACCCACACAGGUGAAAAACCUUAUUCUUGUAAGUUGUGUGGUAAAUCUUUUCAAGAAAGUAACAGUUUGGCUCGUCACCUUAAAACUCACUCAGAUGAAAAGCCUUAUUCUUGUAAUAUGUGUGAAAAGUCUUUCAAACAAAGUAAUGAUUUGACUCGUCACCUUACAACCCACACAGACAACAAACCUUAUUCUUGUAAGCUAUGUGAUAAAUAUUUUAAACAAAGUAACACCUUGAGUAGUCACCUUAAAAUUCACACAGGUGAAAAACGUUACUCUUGUAAUUUGUGUAAUAAGUCUUUUGGACAAAGUCAAAAUUUGACUGCUCAUCUAAGAAUUCACACAGGUGAAAAGCCUUAUUCUUGUCAUUUAUGUGGAAAAUCUUUUCGACUCAAUCAAAAUUUGACUUGUCACCUUAGAACUCACACAGGUGAAAAGCCUUAUUCUUGUAAAUUGUGUGGAAAAUCUUUUCGACAAAGGUACACUUUGACAGGUCACCUAAGAACUCAUACAGGUGAUAAGCGUUAUUCUUGUAAAUUGUGUGAUAAAUCUUUUGGAUUAAGUCAACAUUUGACUAAUCACCUUAGUACUCACACAGGAGAAAAGCCUUAUUCAUGUAAUUUGUGUGAUAAAUCUUUUAGACUCCGUCACUCUUUGACUUCUCACCUUAAAACUCACACAGAUGAAAAACCUUAUUCUUGUGAAUUGUGUCACAAAUCUUUUAGAACAAAAGGUAUUAUGGUUCGUCACCUUACAUCUCACACAGAUGAAAAGCCUUUUCCUUGCGAGUUUUGUGAUAAAUCAUUCCGACAUAAUCACAAUUUGAAAUGUCACCUUAGAACUCACACAGGCGAAAAGCCAUAUCCUUGUCAUUUGUGCGAAAAGUCUUUCAAACAAAGUAACGAUUUGACUCGUCACCUUAGAACUCACACAGAUGAAAAGCCUUAUUCUUGUGAUUUAUGUGUCAAAUCUUUUAGAACAAAGGCUGUUCUGGAAUGUCACUAUAGAACUCACACAGGGGAGAAGCCUUUUACUUGUGCCUUGUGUGGCAAAUCAUUUAGAAGAAGUUCUGCUUUGACUUGUCAUCUUAGUAUUCACACAGGUCAUAAGCCUUAUUCUUGUGAUUUGUGUGGAGCAACUUUUAGACGCAGCAGUCAUUUGGCUCGUCACAAAAGAACUCGCACGUGUGAGAAGCCAUAAAGACAGGCAAGUUUAUGUAUAAAGCACUUUAGUAACAAGACGAUUCAAAGUGCUGUACAUGAACAAAAAAAGUGUUACAGAGUAAAAAUAGCAUUACAGAUGAAAGCACAUUGCACUGGAACAGUAGCAGCAGGUCAGAUAAAGUAAAAGACAAGUUGGACUGCAAACUGGAGCAUUGACAGUUAAAGGCAACUCUAAACAAAUAGGUUUUUAACCUUGAUUUAAAGGAACUCAGGCUUUCAGAAUUUUACAGUCUUCUGUGAGUUUGUGUCAGAUAAGUGGAGCAUCAAAACUAAAUGCUCCUUUUUCCUUUUUUCUAU